GUGCGUGUGCCGAAGUCGAAUUCGACAUUCGGCAACGAAAGUUGAGACGAGCGCGUAAGGGAGUCUCAGUCUCAGUCUCAGUCUCUCUCUCUCUCUCUCUCUCUCUCUCUCUGUUUGUCGCUCUGUCUGCACCUUUUGUUGAUCUUGAGAUGGAAUUCGAAAUACCAAAUUGUUGAUUUAUCUCUCGGGUCUCCAGAUCUCGGGGGCUGGCUGCUGCGACUGCGCGUCGGCUGCGCAGUCCACUCACAAUUGACCAGCGGGCGACCAAGUUUAUAAAACUUUGAGCCAAAAUGCAGCCUCGCACAGUUGAUUCCAAAACGCCCGUUGCACGCGUUGUUGUCGUCUGCCCGAUGGCCCUCAUCGAAAUUUAAGCGAAAAUGAAAUUCGGUUAACGUCAACGAAAAACGAGUUGCAGGGCCACAAAAAGAAGAAGCAAAAGCCAGAAGAAACAGAAGCGGAGAAAGAGGCAAAGACACAGAGGCAGAGGCAAAAGAGCUAAUCUGUUGUGCAGUGCGUUUUAUCAACAGCAACAGAAACGAAAACGAAAGUCGAAACACGCGGAUCUCUGCUCUCGUAAUGUCUCAAUAAAAAAAAAUAAAAAUCAUCUCAACUACAGCCGGAAUGUAGGGAAAAAGUGAAAAUAAAUCAGAGACACAAAGUGCUCUUAAGAGAUACCCAAACCCACAAGCAACAAAAAUAAUCAAAUACUGUACAAAAAUUUCCCCCCCAAAAAAUAUUCAAUUGGCAAAUCAAUUAACAAAUAUCAAUAACCGUUAGCCCCACAGAGGGAGGACGGGGUGAGAGGUGAAGUGAAGUGAAGUGACCUUCAAAUAGCAAUCAAAUAGCCAAAUAAACAAACGUGCCCCAAAUAUCAGCCAAAACCAACCAAAAAGCAUCAAAUAAGCCAAGUAAUAACCCAAGGUAAAAAACCUACAAUAAGUACCUUAGCAGCAGAGCAAAUCAUGGAGAUCAGGCGGCGCACCUCUUUGCCAUGGCUGGCACUGAUGCUCUUGCUCUGCCUGUGUCUUGGAACAGGCACUGCCAAGGGCGACAUCAGCAAUCAGAGCUCAACACAAAAUACACAUUGGCAACAGCAGCAGCAACAGCAGAGAUAUCAAAGUCAUCUGAAUGAAUCGCAUGCUGUGCCAGAGAAACCCCCACCAACGAUAUCGAUUGUGAGCUCUCCCCAUGAGAUGCAUUUGACACGCACCUCCCUCAUCUUUGGACUGACCAAGGUGCCCGCCAACGAGAGCCAAGUGAGUGCCAGAUGCCAGGGACAGCUGCGCCAGGUGCAGCGAGGAAUACUCACCAAACAGCCGUGGGCCAUGAAAGUUCUCGAUGCUUCUGGAACGAAACCCUCUGGCUUUGUGUACGGCCAGAACUACUGGCUGGGCAGUCGUGAGGCCUGUAUCGGGGUGCAACGACCUGUGGGCAUUACCCUCUCGAAGAACUUCGAACGGGUGAUGCACUAUGGGAUCAUCACGCAGCAGGCGCCCUUCGAUAUGGACUACCGCGUGAUUUACCUGAGUCACAGCUCGCCCUGGCAGGUGGAGAUCAAACUGAUGUCCGAGCAGAUCAUCCACAUUGGACUGUGCCUGCCCAGGGCAUGCAGCUCGCAGGAGGUGAAGCAUCUGGCCCAGGAGUACGUGACCGGAGGGAUGUUUACCGAGAGCGAAAUCUUCGACAUUCGCCCACAGGUGGUGUACAUGAAGGAUCUGCAGCUGAAGGAGGUGUUUUUUGAGCGCCCCAGUUUUCGAUUGCUGGUGGCCUGUGUCCUGGCCACAGGCGCAUUGAUGCUAUGCGCCCAGCAGCUGACGGCCGCCAUAAAGGCGCCUCCGUCGACUGUCGAUGAUACUGGGCUCCUGGCGCCGGCAGAGUCCGAAGUGUGGCGGGCACUCCACUCGCUGCUGCAGUGGCGGCGACUGCAGAAGUUUGUCGAGUGCUUCGAUGUACCCACAAACUGGGCCAAAAUCUUCGCGGUGCGGGAGAACAGCCCCAAUGAGAUACCGCUGAUGAACGGGCUGCGGUCGGUGUGCGCCAUCUGGAUCAUGGUCUUCCAUGUCGUGUGGUUCAUGUACUUUACGGUCCACAACAAGACCGUUCUUGUAUCGUACGCGGAGCAGGCCUUCUUCCAAUACGUGUCUUCAGCCCCACUGCUGGUGGAUGUCUUCUUUACCAUCAGUGGCUUCCUGCAAACCUUUAACUUUCUGCGCAACUCCCAGCAGAUUGAGACGGUGCGUCAUAAUAGCCUGCGGCAGAAUCUGAAGCUCUUUGGCAAGCUACUGUUCCAUCGCUACCUGCGUCUGGGACCGCUCUAUCUGGUGGUAAUGGCCACCGUGGACCUGGUGUACGCCUACAUUGGAGAUGUCUCCAUCUACCACAUUAACGAGCGCUUCGAUGAGAUGUGCUCCAGGCACUGGUGGCGGAAUCUUCUGUUUAUCCAGAACCUCUUCGAUCACAGGGAUAUGUGCGCCAACUGGAGCUGGUCCCUAGCCUGCGAGAUGCAGUUCUUCAUCCUGGCCAAUGGAUUGCUAUUCCUUUAUGUGAAGCAUCCCAAGGUAACCAAGGCUCUGGUAGCCUCCGCCCUUGUCUCGACCAUUGUGUGGUCGUAUGGCAUCGGCUUAAGCAUCAAGUUUCAGCUCUCCUUCGAUGCAGCCUUUGCCACUGGCACAGAGAUCUACACCUCGCCCUUUGUGCGGGUCCUCCCAUACAUUUUAGGCGCCAUCACAGCCUGGUGCCUGAUGGAGCGAUGCCUUCAGGUGGAGUUGAGCGAGUCCCGCGAGCGUUUGUACUGGCAUUUCGCGCUCCUGGUCUUCUUCGGGUGCAUUUACUCGACGGUGAGGCGGGAUCUGGGCCCCCUGAUGGCCAUCACGCUGUUUGUCAUGGGCCGCCUGUUCUUCUCGCUGAGCGUCUGUUGGAUGAUAGCUGGCAGUGCCGGUGGUCGAGGCGUUUGGUGGUCACGUCUGCUGGAGGCUAAGGGCUUCCAGCAUGUCAGUAGGCUGUCGUACGCCAUUUACCUGCUCAAUCCAUUGGUCAUAGCCCUCUUCUACAGUCUCACUAGCUCCAGCACGCAUGCGGAUCCCUUUAUGCUGUGCGUUGUCACCUGUGGCUUUGCUGUCAUCUGCUACCUGGCUUCGAUUCUCUUUUCGCUGGCCUUCGAGCUGCCGUACAGUAAUCUCUCCAGCCUCCUGCUGCGUCGAGACAGAACCAGCAGCAGCAGCAAGCCGAAGAACGCCUAAUAGAAGCUAGCCCUUAAGUUAGAUCGUUAAGGUCAACGUACACGCCUCCAACAUCUGACAAUUGUGAUCGCUUUCAUGUACAACUAAACUACUCAUCAUUAUCGAAACCUUAGUCUUAGUCUCUUGUCUUAGUUUUUUUUUUUGUAUAGUAUUUAUACCAUAUAGGUACUAUAAAUAUAUCGUUCAUCGUACGGCGUGCAUGGGUGGCCACCAUACUUAAUAAAUAUUGUACGAUUACUAACGCAUUAGUUUUAUAAUACAUCCAGAACGUUAUACGUAUUAUAUCAACAUCUAAAAAUACAAUAUAUUAUAUGAUAUCAGGUA